AACCGAAGUCUGGAAAUGGCUAGUCACAAGCGAGCAUUUGAUCGAGUAGCGUUCGAGAUGAAACGCAAUUUCUGCACUGUGGUACUAAUUUUAUUCAUUGUAUGUCUAACAUGUGUAGCAUCCGUUGAGGAAAACGCUGUAAAAUCCAGAGAAAAGCGAUCGCCAAAGCCACAGUUUCCGAAAUUUAUUUUCGGUCAAAUAGCCAAAUGGAUUCCCAAGGUGAUAAAACAGGGUGGUCAAGUGGUUGAAAAAGUGGAACAGUUUGUUUCCAAAAAUCCUGGAACGGUUGGUGCGGCAGUCGUCGGAGGUGUUGGCGUGGCCACUGUGCUGGGACAGAAACGUCCAAGACCGGGAUGCCAAGUGUACAUAAGACGAUUACAAGAGAGGCAACCCGUUUUCUUCAACAUUGGAAGUCCGCGUUCCUUGAUGCUCCCGGUAGAUGGUAAUCUCACCUGGGCUCAGGGAGAGAGGAGUUGGAUCGCUUGCCCUCCAUCGGAAGGAUCACGUAAUAGCAUACGUGGAAUAUAUCUGGUAUCGGCGGAAAUUGAAUGCAAGGACGGAUAUGACUUCGAAUAUGUACAUAACGGUGCUGUGUUCGAUAUCACACAAGUGCAGUGCGAUAACAGGGUGACUGGAAACGUAAAGACAGAUGCAGCUCGAGUCCAAUGCCCGGGAACACACAAAACAAUUGGAUUCGAUGUGACUUUUCCCACGAUUGGGAAUCGAUUUUUCGAUCUUUAUCAAAUUUGUUUCGAUGAACCGUCUGCCACUGCCAUCUACACUCAUCACACACUAAUUGGGAACGAAAUUGAACAUAAAUGCUUUUCGACUAGACCGGACUUCAAGUCUGCUGGUUUUCCACAAGGAUUAGCCGUUUCAUCAGCUUACAAUCAAGAGUCUCAGCUGAAUAGACUUGUUGCUCUGUUCGGAGCCGAUCCAAAUCCAUGGGGUUCUGCGGAAGUGUACUACAAUUUGAGCUAUCUACAGAGGGGACAUCUUGUUCCAGAUGCCGACCAACUGUUCACCACCUGGCAAUGGUCAACCUAUUUCUAUCUCAACGUCGUUGGCAUGUGGGAGCAUAUCAACAACGGUAACUGGAAGUACUUGGAAAGUAAUGUGCGAACACUUGCUCAAAACGCUAAGAAAACCUUGGAAGUCUACACCGGAGUUUAUGACACUUUAUCCCUAUGUUCGCUGUGGGAUCAUUGUCCGGAAUUCACUUUGAGCAAUGGACGCAUCCCCGUACCAAAAUGGCUGUGGAAAGUAGUGAAAUCACCGGAUUUGAAUGCCGCAAUUGCUCUGGUUGUCAGCAAUAAUCCAUUCGUUGGCGAAGAUCCGAUAUGCGGUUUGAAUGGUGCAUCCCACGGGUGGAAUUCCUCUAUCGUUUCAAAUAUAACCUACGGCACUGUGAGUUACUGUAGGGUUCAAGAUCUGCAAACUGUGGUCGGAAACAUUCCACAAGAAGCAAUGGCACCGAGCAUUUUGUCUUUUGUAGUUUCAACAACCUGAUUCUAAGGAAUGAAAUUAAUGAAACAGAUGAAUCGUUGACGUAAUCAAUAUCAGUAGGACAACCGGAAAAAACUCAUGAUGACCCUUCUUACUGUAAAAAUGAAGCAAUUUUAUGAUAUUUUCAAAAAUAAAUCACAUAAUUUCUCCAA